AUGAUUUGUACUGAAGAUGCUGAGAUAAAUUUUGUUGACGGACACUUUGAUAUUCAUACACUACCAAGAUCACAUGUUCACGUCGGAAAAAUUAUUGAAGACGACAGGCAAAAAGUUAUCGUAAACAAGUCACAGAAUGAUAAAAACCAGCAUCGUAGAAGUAAUCAUGACAUCGAAGCCCGUAAUGAGUUGAGUGACAGCAAGGAGAAAGUUGAGAUUUGUGACCCUCCAAUGAAAUCAUCAAAUAAUGAAAUAAUACGGUUUGAUGAUAUGCGUGAAAUGGAUAUGAAACCAAAAGGAAUGAUGAAAAGUCAUUAUGUUGAUAAAAAUCAGAAGAAAGCAUGCACUGGGUGUCAAAAAAUAUUCAAACUAAAAAGAAAACCAAAACAUUGCAGGAGAUGUGGAGGUGUGUUUUGCUUACAAUGUGUCAAAUAUAAAAGAAAACUGAACAUGCUUGCUAACCCAGAUCCUGAGGGAAAAUUAAGAAAGGUUUGUCGCACAUGUUUUGAAGAGGGAUUAUUGAUGAUUGGACAAACAAGAAAUUUGAUGGAUGAUUUUAUCCAACAGAGAUCGUUCGCCAAAUAUGGCAGAAUUAUAAACAGUAGAGUUAACUCUCUAACUACGACAUUUUGGCCAGAUCAAAUUGACAUACAGACAGAAUGCCUACGAUUGUUGACUGGGUUUCAAGAAGAAAUCAGACAGCUAGGAUCUGCAAACGCCCUGCAAGCACUGAAAGUGAAAUUAAAAACUCCAGCAUGGCAAAAAUCAAACUACUGGAACAUUGAGAUACAGUCACGAGUUUGUCGAGCAUGUAAAGGUGAUAUAGGUAUCAGGAAAAGCACGGGAAACUGUCGUGUGUGUGGCCUAGCUCUCUGUAGAAAAUGCUCACACAGAGAAUUACUUUUAUACUUGGAAAACGUCGAGAUAUCAGAAGAUGCUAAGUUGGCCAUAAUUAAUACACCAGGGGUAAGUGAUGGAUUCUUAGCUCGUUUAAAAUGCAGUGUGCUUAUAUAA